AAUAUCAAAGUUGUCCAACUGCACGAUUUAACUUCCAGUGGAAACACUCGACAACAUUCAACCUUUUCCCUCCACAAAAAAUAAAUCGCCUGGAGAAACAGUCAUGGUUAGAAUUCGCGCGUGAAUCCAAGUGUUAGCGCGCGCUGUAAUUGGGCGCGAGAUAAAAUCUUUUUCGAUCAAGCUUGAUCAAGCUAAGAUUGAAAGGGCGGAUAGCGACUAACCUGAAUUUCGUCGUCUAUUUUGUCUACCUAAACAGUAAAACUCAAAAAAGUCUUUCACGGGAUAAAGCGAGUUCAACUUCAAGCUAAAGUGAAGAAGGGAAAAGGUAGGUCCGCAAUGCAUAUUUUGGAAUGACUUUAUGAGCCCGCAAUCACACCGCAUCCUCUGACGUGUCCUUUUCCAAGAUGGCGGACAGGCAGGGUUUUGAUUCCUCUCAAAAACAAACGCCUUUACACGGGAUUUCGUUGGCAAAUUUUGGAGGGAAUUUGAACUUUGGGCCAACGCUUGUGCCUGCUUCCGAUUCUCCAUCGAUUUCGUUUGGAAAUCAACCUACCGCAACCCCGACUGCCAGUAGAGCUAAUUCAGGUCUGGAACAUGCUGGUGAGAUAGACAGUUUUCUUGGUCAGCAGUCAGCUCCACAACUGCAGGCUCAAGGACCUUUUCAAUCACCUACAAAAGACUCACCAGGGGUACUGCAGGGAAAGAAUCAAAGUUCUCCAUUCUUUACAAUGGCUUCCCCAUCAUCAUCUGGUCAAGAUGAUUUUCUGUCACCUGCAACAACAACUCAGAGUGUGGCAAGUAGUUUUCCCAGUCCACAGGUUCCUGCCACAAAAUCCCCCUACCAGCCAUCAACAGCUGUGGGGUCUGGGCCUCAGACUCCUCCAAGACCAUCAGCUGAUCUUCCCCAGUCUUUUCCUCCACCGCCAGCCAGUCGGUUCCAGUCUCCACCUCCACCUGUGACCAACCUGCCCCAAACUUCACCUAUUCCGUCCAGCAGUCUGCCCCAGACCCCACCUCAGCCUGCGGCCAGCUGGCCUCAGACCCCACCCCAGCCUGCUGGUGGUUGGCCACAGACUCCACCGAAUGCAGCAAAUUUAUCCCAGUCCACAUCGCCACCUUUUGUUCCGCGCACCUCUCCUCAACCCUUGUCACACUCCUCAUCUCCUCAACAAGUGCAAAGUGGCAUGCCACCUAGUGUGACACCGGCUGCUACAGUUGAACCUAUCCAACCACACUGGUUUUACAGGAAAGGAAAUUCUGCCUGGAUGCCAUUUUCAUAUAUUGAUUCUGAUUGCCUGGAGCAGGCUUUGAAAACAUCUUCAGCCAGUGGGGACAGAAUUGUUGCCACAGAUGGGGGACGAUAUGAUGUUAACCUGGACAAGAGGCUGCGAUACCCUCUCUACUGGGAGGAGGAUGUGUCUGUGGUGCGGCGAUGCUCAUGGUAUUACAAAGGAGAUGCACAGUCCAAACUUGUGCCUUAUAAGGAAGACAUGGCAGCUAGACUUGAGGCUGAAUUUCUUUCAACAUUUCGUGAGAACAAGUGGCCUCGCAGAGUGGAAUUAUCAGAUGGAGAGUACAUUAUGAUGCACAAUGCUAAUGUUAUGGUGCAUUUUGUGCCAAAUAAUGAGUCGGAAAACUGGAGUGGAGAGGAUACUGUAGCAAGGCCAAAGGUUGUCAGGCGAGGAGUGUUUUUUCACUCCUUCCUUAUUUCCAUGGUUCCAGUUAAUGAUUUUCGGAAAGUGAGUCUUCAAAUGUUGUUUGAUCACCAUGAGGAGCUGUCCAGAGGUCGAGCUAUUGGAAGAGUGGAGUUCCUUCCGGUACAGUGGCAUUCCAGACUUCACAACGACUCAACUGGAGUAGAUGAGAGACUUCAGUCCAUCUCUUUGAGUAGCAUACGCCGUCUAAGAGAGUUUACAAACAGCACUCUUCUUGAUAUUCUGUUUUACACAAGUCCUACAUAUUGUCAAAACAUUGUCAACACAGUAGGUGAGGACAUAGAGCGACUGCUGGAAAUCUUCAAGAAAAGGAAUCCUAUGUUUAGUGGAAAAUAUUCAGUGUGCGGACACAGUUUAGGUUCUAGUAUCCUGUUUGAUAUUCUUCAGCAUCAGAAAGUUCAGCGUGUUCCUGCGCGAUUGCACAGACGAUGGAACAAAAGACUGGAGGAGGACUUCUCUGCAUCUGAACCAGGUUUAAAGAUAUUUACAAGAGGCUUACUGACGGAGUCACUAACAAGAGAGCAAAGACGAUUGUGA